AUGAACAACUUGGUGAAUCACGUCAAGGCAAGGACUCGCAGCAUCCAAUUCGACAGGGGCAUGUUCAGCCUGGACUCGGCGCUAUCACCUCCAAGAUCGCAGCCUAGAUCCAACACACGGACGAGCAGUGAACCCGCUCCUCAAGGCAUCAUGAGGCCUGCGACCCCGUGUCGACUACCUCCAAACACCGUUCGAGGGUAUAAGAGCAUGCUCGACGUGGAAAAUGCGUCAAACAUAAAGGCCACAGAUUCGGUGUCAAUGGAUGAGCUGCACCCUUCAGCUGCUCAACGCCGCAAGGAAAAUACGUCGGAUUCUUCUGCCGAUACAGGCUCCGUUGUGACCGGACAAGAUACCAUGGACAGUGUUUCCGAGAAAGGCCGCACUUCUGACGGCCCUCCCGCUGUGGCUCCAGCCUCACCCACCAGCGACGACAUUAUGGAGUCGGUCCAGGGUGUGCCUGUGAGCGACCCUACGACCCUCUCUGUCGCGCACACACCGGCUGCCGAGGCCAAGAACAUUGUCCGCCGGAAGUUGACUGGCUACGUCGGUUUCGCCAACCUCCCGAACCAAUGGCACCGUAAGAGUGUGCGCAAGGGCUUCAACUUCAACGUUAUGGUUGUUGGCGAGUCUGGCCUGGGCAAAUCCACUCUGGUCAACACCCUCUUCAACACCUCCCUGUACCCUCCCAAGGAGCGCAAGGGCCCUAGCCUCGACAUCAUUCCCAAGACCGUUACCAUCCAGUCCAUCAGCGCCGACAUUGAGGAGGCUGGCGUUCGUCUCCGCCUCACUGUCGUUGAUACCCCAGGAUUUGGUGACUUUGUCAACAACGACGAAUCAUGGCGCCCCAUUGUCGACAACAUCGAGCAGCGCUUUGACGCGUACCUCGAUGCCGAGAACAAGGUGAACCGCAUGAACAUUAUUGACAACCGCAUCCACGCCUGCGUGUUCUUCAUUCAGCCCACUGGACACUCGCUCAAGCCCCUUGACAUUGAGGUCAUGCGCCGCCUGCACACCAAGGUCAACCUGAUCCCUGUCAUUGCCAAGUCGGAUACCCUCACAGAUGAAGAGAUUGCGAGCUUCAAGGCGAGGAUCCUCUCUGACAUCAAGUACCAUGGCAUCCAGAUCUUCGAGGGCCCCCGAUACGAGCUCGACGACGAGGAGACCAUUGCCGAGAAUAACGAGAUCAUGUCCAAGGUCCCCUUUGCAGUUGUUGGUGCUACCAACGAGCUGCAGACUCCCGACGGCCGCAAGAUCCGCGGCCGCGAGUACCCAUGGGGUAUCAUUGAAGUCGACAAUGAGGAGCACUGCGACUUCGUCAAGCUGCGCCAGAUGCUCAUCCGCACUCACAUGGAGGAGCUCAAGGAGCACACCAACAACCUCCUGUACGAGAACUACCGUACCGACAAGCUGAUCGCUAUGGGUGUCUCCCAGGACCCCAGUGUGUUCAAGGAGGUCAACCCUGCCGUCAAGCAGGAGGAGGAGCGCGCCCUGCACGAGCAGAAGCUCGCCAAGAUGGAGGCCGAGAUGAAGAUGGUCUUCCAGCAGAAGGUCGCCGAGAAGGAGAGCAAGCUCAAGCAAUCGGAGGAGGAGCUGUACGCCCGUCACCGCGAGAUGAAGGAGCAGCUCGAGCGCCAGCGCCUGGAGCUCGAAGACAAGAAGCAGCGCAUCGAGAGCGGUCGACCACUGGAGAAGGAGGGCAAGCGCAAGGGCUUCUCCUUGCGAUAAACGCCUUCGUCCAUUGCUCCCACUCUCUACGAUCAAUGCCUCUGUUUUUGCAAUGAUGCCGAUACAAUACCAGCUCGACGCACUCACUCUUCUUUAUUCAUUUUUGUUUUCCUCGCCUCUCUUCGCCCUCAUCCUCUUAAUCGCACGGCUCACAUAAUCACAUGACGGAGAAGAAAACCACUGCUAGGAUGAUGAACGCUUUGUCACAGGCUACGGAGAGGCCGCACUUUCAACGCCUGCCUGCCUGCCUGCCUGCCUGCC